CUUUAUCCUCUUUCUUUUGGUGUUCCAAAAAAAAAAAUCCUCUUCUCUCACUCUCUCUCACACUCACGGGCUCUCACUCCAUCCUCCAUAAUCAUCGAUCUCUUCCAUCGAUCACUUGGAUUUCAGUUCCCUAAGUUACAAGUACAUUAUAGGGGUUUGUUUCCUCCUCUUCUUAAGAGAUGGACAGAAUCAGUAAUUUGCCUGAUGAACUGCUUGUUAAGAUACUAGUGUUUGUUCCGACAAAAGUUGCUGUAUCAACUAGCAUCUUGUCGAAACGGUGGAAGUAUCUUUGGAUGUGGCUGCCUAAACUCGAUUACUCUCCUCGUAUCUGUUCAGUCUCUGAAUGCCAUAAGCUAAGGCGUUUUCUCGACAGAAAUCUGCCAUUACAUAGAGCUCCGAUAAUAGAAAGCUUUCGCCUUAGAGUAGGCUGUUCAUGUUUCAAACCGGCGAAUAUCAACAUGUGGAUUUCAACAGCUGUUUCUCACUGCGUACGUGAGCUGGAGAUAGUGUAUGAGUCUGAUCCGGCUCAGAUGCUAUAUGAGCCUGAUCCGGCUCAGUCAGUCGUCUUGCCGAGUAACUUGUAUACCUGCAAAUCGCUGGUGAUCUUGAAACUCGAUGGCAGGUUCCUCUUGGAUGUUAAUCCUAAUAUGGUGUCUCUUCCCACUCUCAAAACUCUGAAACUUCAAGGCCUGAGAUACUUGAGUGACCAUACUCUUCCACUGCUUCUAUCAAAGUGCCCAGUUCUUGAAGAUCUAGUGUUGGAUUUACGUGUGGAUGAUUCCCCGAGAUAUUUAAUAGCUAUUGUUCCGUCAUUGCAGAGUUUGUCACUCUCUAUCCGCUAUGAUCAUCGUAUAGAUGGGUUUGUACUAGGAGCUCCUGCGUUAAAGUAUUUCAAACUUAUGGAUUAUAGACAACACUACUGUCUGCUCGAGAAUAUGCCUAACCUGAUCGAGGCAUAUAUUGAUGUUGAUGGUCCUUAUAUGAAGAAUCUUAUUGGGCCACUCACAUCUGUCAAGCGUCUUUCAAUAUGUUCAAAGGCUAUGCUUGAUGAAGGUUUUGUGUUCAACCAGCUUGAACAUCUGGAGUUAUGUACAUGCAUGGAGCAUUCCUCCAAUCAACUUGUCCGGCUGCUCAAUGCAUCUUCUAACUUGAAGAAACUAGACAUUUCCUUAAUGCCUGGUCACCUGCCUCAACGUAUGGACGGCUGGAAUGAACCAACUACUGUUCCUGAAUGUUUGUUGUCGAGUCUACAAACUCUCAACUGGUCAGAGUACACAAGAGAACCGCAAAAGAGAGAUAUUGUGGUUUACGUUUUGAAACAUGCUCUUCACUUAAAGACUGCAACAAUCAAGUCAUCUGCAUUUGGAGUUCCAAAAUCUGAGAUGUUAAAGGAGUUGGAAUUUUCUUCUAGAGCUUCAGCUGCAUGCCAACUCAUGUUCGAAUGAGUAUUUUGAUCUUUUAAAACCGGUCUUGUUCUUCUUUUCUUGUUUGUGUUUGUAUUCUCGUAUGGUUAUGUCUUCAACUCUGAAAGUUUUACUUAUCCAAACUAAUCUUUUCUAUGUCGUCCACUGGAAAAAAAAAAGCGAAUUAUGUUGUUUGGAGCUAAGUUAUAUGUAUCGUGUGGAUUCCCUUUUUUGGGAAAAGUAAUCAGAAAACGUUGAACUUUA